GUGGAUUUAAGGUGAGGACCCUUGUCCCCAGAAAAUGGAGUGGAGUACCCAUCUUUCCUAAGUUGAAGCUUCUGUCAGAACAGAAACAUUUCUUCACUUCUCGCAGCUUCUCACCCAGUCAACACUCUUUAAAAGUGUCAAAAUUAUAUACACCAGACCGCCAAGCUCGGAGCGCAAUCCGACUACAAGCUAUCCAAAAUUCGGUCCUCACUCAGCCUGCUGUCGGUGGACACCAAGCAACCUCUUCUGCCUUCACCGGUUACCACACCUACCUCUCCCAUGGCGCCCAGCAAAAGUACGUGUCUCAUGGUUCUAUCCUUGAUUGACGGAUGGUCGCGCUGACAUUGUGGGGUUGCAGGCGAAGCUGCGCAUGAGUGCGUCUCUGAAGAGGCAUUGAUUCAUCUAAAGUCCUACAAAUACUCCAGCGUUGAUAAAUCCCUGAUCUCGAAUUAUAUCCUCAUACAUUACGUACGUUUCCCGACCUACUCUGGAGUCGCAAAGAAGGUGUGCUGAGAAACUUAUAGUGGAAUGGGUUUGUUAAAUUACUGCCGUUGUGGCUUGCGCCAAACAUGGUUACUUUAUUGGGAUUCUUCUUCAUCCUCUCGAACGUCAUAUGUUUAGAAAUAUGGAUGCCAGAUUUGGUCGGGCCGGUAAGAUAUACGAUUUCCCUGGCAGUGGUAGAUCAGAAAUGCUGAUUGAACGAUAGGGGCCAUCAUGGUUAUACUACAGUUUUGCAUUUGGGCUUUGGAUGUACUCAACUAUGGACAAUGUAGAUGGAAAACAAGCUCGGCGAACCGGAACCUCCAGUGGGCUAGGCGAACUAUUCGACCACGGAAUCGACUCUCUGAAUUGUACCCUCGCGAGUUUGUGCGAAACGGCAGCCAUGGGAUUGGGAACAUCGAAGGCUGGGGUUUUCACCGCUCUGAUUCCUUGUCUUCCUAUGUUCUUCUCCACCUGGGAAACAUACCAUACGCAUACCUUAUAUCUUGGAGUUUUCAAUGGACCAACCGAGGGACUUAUCCUCGCCUGCACGUUGAUGAUACUUUCAGGAUUUUAUGGACCAGAAAUCUGGACUCACAAGAUUACGGAUUUGGUUGGACACCAUUACUUUUUUGGAUAUCAUGAAUGGUUCGGGACCUACUCUGUUCGGGAUCUUUGGGUACCAAUCCUUCUGGUAUCACUUUUCGGAGCCCAUCUUCCAUUCUGCGUCGCCAAUGUUGUAAAAGCACGAAGAGCUCAAAAGCUUCCAGUCAUGCCUGUUUUCCUCGAAUGGACGCCAAUGAUUGUUUAUACCGUUUCCAUCGGGACCUGGUUAUACUCACCAUAUUCUACACUCAUGGAAGAGAACCGACUUGUUCUUUUCUGCCUUACUAUGUCUUUUGUUUUCGGCCGGAUGACCACCAAAAUCAUCUUGGCCCAUCUGACCAGACAACCAUUCCCAUACUGGACGGUCAUGCUCACUCCUCUUGUUGGAGGAGCUGUGCUUGGCAAUCUCCCACGAUUUGGCCUUCCAGCAGUCAGUGCUUUUGUCGAGUUAUGGUACCUUCGAGCAUACUUCGUUUUUGCGGUUGUAGUUUACUUCCGAUGGGCAUACCUUGUCAUCACCAGUAUCUGCUCCUACCUAGGAAUCAACUGCCUUACCAUUCCCCACGAGAAACUCGAGGAGAUCCAAGAAAAGCAAAAAGCAUCCGCAAACACCAGCGGGAGGAAACGAGCGGACUAGACGAAUGACCAACAUGUCGGGAAGCAUACAAUCCAUCCUCGAAUUGAUGCUUUUCCCUUUCCCCAUUUCUAAUUACGAGGAAUUACGACCGUCAUGAGCUUUUGGGUGGUAUUAUUAAUAGAGAGAAUCCGUUUCUUUUUUACGUUUCCUUGGAUUCUCUUGAAAUGAGGGCGAGGAUGAAUUUUCACGUAUCACAAAAGCAUUCUUUGCAUUGCAUUGGCGGGGGGCGUUUCGACGAGGGAGACUUUGAAGAGGAUUCUUUAUUUGUUCUCUUGACGUGACGGGAUGAAUGAAUGGCCAUAGUUGUUUUUGUAUAAUUUUAUAUUGCAUAAUUGUAAAGACUUGAGAGGAAUCGAAAUAGAUUUGGAAAGCCAAUAGAUCGUUCAGCG